UUCGGGCGAUCGAGUAAGCGAAUUAAGUUGAUGACCGAAGAUCCAGGGGAAUCUCCUGAUGAGGAUGAAGACGAUAGACGAGUUCGCAAGCUUAAUUUUAUCAUCCUUGAGGACAAGGAUAGUCUUGAAGAGGACUUGAAUGAUACAAAAGUGGUCAUUAACCCUGGCGAGUCCGAGGAAGAAACAAACAAUGAUCUCGAUAUUUGGCUAGAGAAAAUGCUCGAGGAACCACAAGGUCGGGAUUAUUGGCCUUCUUGUAAGAGAGAUUUUCCAAGAGGUUGUGGCGAUAGUUCAAGGACAAGGUCAAGGAGGUUCAAGGCCAAGCGAGCUAAGGGGCAACACAAGUCGAGGACUAACGCGAGGAGUAAUUGGUGCGGGCCUUGUGCGAAGAAGCACCGCGCUUGGUGCAUGAAGGCUAAGAGAAUGGGCGCACGAGUGGUGGAAGAUGGGUGGAAGAUGCGCGUGUGCAAUUGUUGUGGGCCACCGAACGGAUGCGGAUGGACGAACAUGGCCGAAGGGCAAAUAACCGAAUGGCGUGCAUCGGGCCAUGAUGCGCACAAUUGGGCGACAAGCGGUGAUGACGUGCCUUGGGCCUGGGGAAAACGCGGGUCAGCGCUGGGGUAUGCAGUAGGCGAUUGGCACGCGGGCGGAAGCCUAGGCCUUGCGGGCCUAGGAAUGGCGAGCGCGCAACAGCACGCGCGCGAAAAGGUCGGCAGGGACGGGGCGUGUGAAAUGACGCGCGGGUGCGGUGCAGGCACGUGCAUCCUAAGCCGUGCAUUCAUAGGGGAGGCACAAGGGGGUGAGGACCCCGACCGAGCAGGAGUAGGAAU